AUGCGUGAAGCUAUCUGCAUCCACGUCGGCCAGGGUGGUCUUCAGGUUGGCAAUGCCUGUUGGGAGCUCUUCUGCCUCGAGCACGGCAUUCAGCCUGAUGGACAGAUGCCUUCCGAUAAGACUAUCGGUGGUGGUGAUGACGCCUUCAACACCUUCUUCUCGGAGACUGGUGCUGGCAAGCAUGUCCCUCGAUGCGUCUUCGUCGAUCUCGAGCCCACUGUUAUUGAUGAGGUUCGUACCGGUACCUACAGGCAGCUCUUCCAUCCUGAGCAACUCAUUUCCGGCAAGGAGGAUGCGGCCAACAACUUCGCCCGUGGUCACUACACCAUUGGUAAGGAGAUCGUCGAUCUCUGUCUUGAUCGUAUCCGGAAGCUUGCUGAUAACUGUACUGGUCUGCAGGGCUUCCUCGUGUUCAACGCUUGUGGUGGUGGUACCGGUUCUGGCUUGGGCUGCCUCAUUCUUGAGCGCCUCAGUGUCGACUACGGCAAGAAGUCGAAGCUCUCCUUCACUAUCUGGCCCUGCCCUCAGGUAUCUACUGCG